UGAUAACAAGCAUUAACGAACCAUGCAGCAACAAUAUCCAGCAUGGCGGCCGCAAUUUGCACAAAGCAUAAUAAUAUGUUACCACUUACAGCCUUAUUUCUAUUGUUAGUAAACAUUAGUUCUGCAUUUGACCCUCUGCGAACCAAAGGGAAAGUGUGGACCCAUUUUGAUUUCAUCAUCCCACUCGCCCCACGACAACGAGAAUGCUACCAUCAAUACGCUGAGUCUGGUAUGGUUUUCGCUAUAUCAUACAAGGUAGUGUAUGGAGAGCAGUCUGAUCAAAAUUUUGGAUUUUCUGUUACGGAUUCUACUGGUAACAUUAUAAAUCGAAACUACCAGCAGAAUGAAGACAGCGUGCAGCUCAAAGUAAAAGAAUCGGGUGUUUAUACAAUAUGCAUGGGAAAUGAAGCGACCAGGUUUUACUCAAAAAAAGUACACAUAUACAUUGACCUGUUUGACAAACAACGAUUUGAAAGCGUCAUCGAAGAGGAGAACAAAUUUGACAAUAGUCUCGGAAACAUUACGAAAACUAUCAGAAUUUUGAAUGAGGGAAUUCGAGAGAUGAGGAUGUACCAGAUGAAAACAAGGCAGCAUGUAACAAACGAUUGGUAUAUUCUGUCAGCGAAUCUAGCCUACGUCAACAGAUGGUCGUUAGUGCAGUGUGUCGUCAUCAUUGGCUGUGGAAUACUACAAGUGUAUGUCCUAAGAACAUUUUUUAAUGUACCAACAAAUACUCGAAAACCAAGGUGUUAACAGUGGCGUAUAGGAGUCUUGGCAUAGUUGUCAUGGGGUGUAAGGCUAAGUGUGGGGGAGGGGCUCGAUAAUUAAGGAGAUGGCGUUAGCUGACAUCAUUAGGUAUUUUUUCUUGGUCAGCAAAUUUACAGUGGAGGGCGGUAUGGGGUGCAAGCUCCUUUGGGACAUGCACCCCUAAGCUCACACCGCUUAAAUACGCCACUGGGUCUUGACGCGCAAAUAUAGAUUUGCAACUGGUCAACAGCAUAGGCGUAGAUCCCGGGGGGAUGGGGGAUAUAACCCCCCAAUAUUUGACAAGGGGGGAUGGUGCAUUGUAUCAUCCCUCCCCCAAUAUUUUGACUAUGUAUGGGAUAAAAUGGAGC